ACGAGGGGCCUGUUAGACAACAAAGAGAUGUAGGUAUUGACUGCAUUUCUAUACCUACUCUGUUUCUUAUCACUGGCAAGCGACAUGGACUAACUAUCGUACGUAGCCCUGACCCACUCUCUGCUCUUCAUUGCAUCGACCUUACUACUUGAUCUGGAAAUACCGUAAGCCAAGUAUAUGUCCGCCACGCCCUACGACAAGUGUUAAACUACAAGUCAAUUCUACAAGAGUGGCGCUGCACCCCAACCAAAGUCCAAUUUCCAGACAGCAAUCAUGGCUAUAUCCGAGCUCAAAAAGGGCGAUGCUCCUUCUCUGGCACUUGUUCAUCCCACCGAAGCCGAAAAGCAGAUCCAAUUCAACCUCAAUGGAGCCGAAUGGUGCGGCGCUCUCACACUCCCAGCCUAUAUUCGGCGUGAAGCCCACCUUGCCCAGACCACUUUGACUCGCGACGGUGGGAUCUCAUACUGGAUGUUGGUGGACACCUCAUUGCCCAACAAUCCUUUCGACCCCAAGUCCGGCACAAGGCUACCAUUGGCAAGCUGCGAAACCUACCGGAAGAAGGCACUUGUGUGGCAGAAUGGUGUUCUCAAAGAAGUCAUCUGUCAUGGUGUUGGCAGUGUGUACUGCGCGAACCAUUUGCGGAAACGCGGAUAUGCACAGAGGAUGAUAACGGAGCUAUCAAAGGUGAUUAGAACGUACCAGACAGAGGAGGGGCUCGAGUGCAUGUUCUCGGUGCUAUACUCUGACAUUGGAAAAAAAUUUUACAAAAGCUUUGGUUGGGAGCCGUUCACCUCAUCACACAUAUCUCUCCCUCUCACCACAGCCCAGGACACAAGCUGUCUACCGGUCGCCCGACCAUUGUACGCAGAAGACUUGGAGGAGCUUUGCAGUACCGACAUCGCCUCUCUCCGGCAGAGCCUAAAGUCGCGACCAAAGGGUAGCAAGACGGCUGUCGCUCUAAUCCCCAAUCUCGAGACCAUACAAUGGCACCACGCUCGCGAGGAGUUUGUGGGAAAUGAGCUACAUGGUAAGAGACCGAAGAUAAAGGGAGCAAUUGUCGGUACAGAGAAGGGCAAGCGCAUUUGGUGUUACUGGACGCGCAUGUGGUACAACCCGAACCCCGCUGAAACAAAGGGCAACACACUUCACAUUCUGCGGUUGGUCGUUGAGGACAAUGGCGGAGAAGGUUCUUCGAAUGACAUGGCUAAUGGUUCGGGCAACGGUCAAGAAGCUGCUAUUGCCGCCUUGAUGGCCAUGGCGCAGCGUGAGGCUCAGGCGUGGAAGAUGGAGCAUGUGGAGAUGUGGGCACCCACGCCAGUCGCGCUGGCCGCAGCUAAGAAGCUAGACCCAGAUGUCCAGGUCGUCCACAGGGAUGUUGAGAGCAUCGCAUGCCUGCAAUGGUUUCCGGAGCAUGAUGGUUCUGCUGCUGACGAGAUUGAGUGGAUUGGAAUUGAAAAGUACGUGUGGUGUUGAGCGCCGCACGAGUGUUAGCCAUGCUACCAAGGUGCGAUUAGAUGUAGACACAGAAAUCGAUACCGUCUA